AUGCCCCCGCCCCGGGCCAGCCGCCCUUCAAGGGCUGACAUGUUGAUGUCAGGGGUGCCGGAAGACUACAUUGAUGCCCUGUUGGAUGAGAAAUAUAUGGAAGACCUGAUAGCUGCUACCAACAAGCAGAACCUCAAGAGAGAAAAGAAGCGAAAUCGAGAAGAUCGUUUGCAAAAGGUGAUUCUGGUCUUUCUCAUUUGCCAGGCAGUCCUUGGUGUGGUGGUCGCCCUCUACAAGACGUACUUGCAACCUGAUAAGAUCAUCAGCGCCUUUGUCACCAUGGAGAACAUUGACAUGGUGUUGAUGAUGGAUACUUCCAACCACAUGAAGGAGCGUCGCGACCAGCAGCAGGAUGUUGUUCUCAGAUUUUCAGAGGACAUGCAUCACGCCAUGAAACAGCAGCGAGAUCAGACCUUGCGAGAGAACGUGGAACGUGUUGAGGCAAUCAAGCGCAAGCAGACGACAGCAUUCAGCAGAUUUCUGAGCCACUUCAUCAGCACCAAGGAACAGGAGGACAACACGGGUCUCUCAGGUGGAAGGUUACGCUUUGCCACCGGCAUUUUCAAUAGGAACAGCAAAACUUUGCAUAAGUUCACCACCAAUCUGACGAUUCAGGAGAAGGCAGUCAACACGGUGACAAAAGAUCAGUACGAGUCCUUCACUCACAUGAAAGAGGCGAUGGGAAAUUGCGUGGAGAUUUUUGCACAGGCCAACAAACCUAACACGCGAAAGUAUUGUGUGAUCAUCGGUGACAACGAGGCGAUGUGUAAGAAGCCAGAGACCAAAAAUGUGGAUGCACUUGCGCAACAGGCUCACAUAGCACACCUUUUUCCAGAAGGAUUUCUGGAGGUGGGAGCCACACUGGAAUAUUCCAAAGAGUUUGACAAGUGCAAGGACUAUGUGGCCGACAGCUUCAAUGACAUCCAGCUCAUUAUGAUGUUCACUGUCUCGUCAAAAGAAGAUGAGCGGGUACGACUGAGGAAUCCCACCUUCCGGAACUUUGUGCAGAAUACAACCGGCUGUGAGUUUGCCAUGGACACUGAGAUGCAGGGUGGAGCUCCUGUUGUCAUCUACGAGCCAAAGGCAGAAAACUGCACGCGUUUCAUUUUGGGUCGUGGCCUCGAAGAUGUGUUGCAGAAGUCAAAGUCUCUUGUACAGCUGCUCCAAGCUUCGUCCAAAGACUGGGAGGAACCCAACACGCAGAAAGAUAACAGAUACCUCUUUUUCCUGCUGAUGCCUCUGAACCUCAUUUUCUUCUUUGCCGCGUCGGCCAUCGCACGAUGGUAUGAGCGCUUCCGGCUCAAAGCCGCGAGGGUCAUGGGCAAAAAGAAGAAGAUGAUCAAAGUGACCAAGACCCUGGUCGAGAAGGAGAAGAGAAAGUCGGUGGUGACUCGCUUUGCAGCUUUGCAUACAGAAGUUGAGCUUGCGGAGGUCAAGAAGAAGCUGCAGCCUUUAGUGAAGCUGAACAGCCCGAUGACUCUGCGAGCGAGGUUGAAGGGUGGUUGCUUGCGUAGCAAUGUCCAGCAGAGUGUUGCGGAUGGCAAUGGAACUGCCUUUGAUCCAAAUGCGUUUUGGAACUUCGAACCUCUCGAGGGCACGGAGGGCUUGAACCCAGAUGCUGUGAUGCAGGCUGGGCAGCCAGUCCACAUCAGGAACAACAAGGGUGAGCUGCUUUGCAUUGGUGCUGAAGGCAAGACCAAGUUUGUAGCUCCUUCGGAGGCAUCACUGGCGACCCAAUUUGUGGUCUCUCCCACCACGGGUGAUGAUGAUGCGGCCAAGUUGGGAGAGAAUGUCCGAAUCCUGUCCAAACAGACUGGCCAAUACCUGCGGGUCAAAAAGGACGGUACCUGUGAUGCAGUGGGCAGCUCCAAAGAGACGGAGACCCAGUUUGUGAUCGACCAGGGGGGCCAGCCGACGACCACAGGUGCCAUUUUCACCUUCCGCGCAGAGGUGAGCCAAGAUGCUUUGCUGAAUGGGAAUCCCAACGGCUCGGUUCAGGUAGCAUCUGCUGGGACCUGGUCGCAUUGGUUGGUGGAAAAGACGGGCAGCACGAGCAAUUCGGACUCCAAGGCAGAUGCUCAGCAUCUGAGAAUUGGAGACAUUGUGACGCUGAAAGCCUUGAAUGGACAGCAUCUCCAGGUGGACUCUGGGAGCAGGGUGGCGCAUACCGGUGACCCCACGGCCGAGCUGACGAGUGCCAUCCCGGAGAAUGUGCCUUCGAGUAGCUCAUCAGCUGGGGUACAAGAGUUUAUUAUUGAGCGUGUUGGUAUGGGUCCUGUCAAUCUUCACGACCUGACCAUCCGCAAAGGAGCCAACAUUUGUUUAAAACCCUAUGACAGUUCGGGAGCUGCAGAUGCCCUACAGUACUUGAAGGUCAACAUGAAUGGCGCCAUCACAGCAAAUGGCAAGGCCACUGACAGGGAGAUAGGCUUCGUGAUGGAGGGUGGCUCCGUUAAUCAACUGCUGACCCCCUUGGGCAACGCUCUCUUCCAGGGUGAUGUGGACCUCCUGGUGGCUCCCCUGUGGAACAAGUCAGAUUUCAAGCAUCAUGACGCUAUGUCCUCCAGCUGGACACAUGAUGAGGAAUUGUCCAAGUUCAAGGGGCACGUGGUCGUUGCGAGUGAGCAGGGCGGCUACACCGUUCCCAAGGCCGCAGGUGAAGGUAAAGCGGAGUGGGUGGCGGUUGUGAACGAAGGAGUUGACUUGCGGAAGGCAGCGGCGCAAGCGAAGAAGCAAGGUGCUACUGGUCUCAUCAUCCGCUGUGAGCAGGCGCUGUCAGUGGAGAAACUUGCUGCAUGCGCCGAGGGAGAGGUGCCCGAGCUGCCGGCCGUCUUCGUUACGAAGAAGGUUGGAGAGGCGCUGAACGAGAGAGGGAUUGUCCUCAGGGGCUGCGAGUUCAGAAAGAAAUACAUGACGGAGGUCAUGCGGACCCUGGGCCGACUUGGUGCUGGAGGCCCCACUGGCGAGAAGUACAAAAACCUCUUCGAGGCCGUGGGCAAUGCGAUCAUCCAGGAAGAGAGAGAGAAAGCGCGAGCGCCGAAACCGGUGCAGAAGGUCACGGUUCAGACCGCGCCAGAUUCGCAACAAGGCAAGUUCAAGUGGAAGGUGAACACAAACACGGCAUACAUUUGGUCUGGCUCCGGUGGAGGCGCUACCACCAUGCAAGUCAACUAUGGCGAGAAGGCACCUCCAUCCGCCAUGAAGCAGAAGAUGGUGGAAGGGGAGGAUGGUCAGGAGACAUCCCAUGUCGAUGCUUCAGCUGACAUUGUCCCACAGAACAGCACUCCGGACUUUGGGCGGCGCUCGGUGGUGGGCAGCGCCAUGGUCCCUGCAGAGGAUUUCAAAGCACACCAUCUCGCCGAGAAACUCACCGAGGUGUUGCUGGAAGACAGUUCUGCAGCACAACAGCAGGCAGCAAUGGAACAACUUUCUGACGAGAGUGAUUUCAUGAUUGAGUACAGCUUUGCCGAGGUCGACGUCCCAGUGACUGGAAAGGAUGAGGAACUGGACGAAGAUGAGGAAGUGAUGGAAGAGGGCACAGUCGUUGCCAGUGUAGGCGUGCCUCGCCGCUACUUCUGGAUCGUCGCCGCCUUCCUGCUCCUGACCACGACGGCUCUGGCGUAUGUGGUCCAUGCGAACAUGUCAGCAGAGAUGAAGCUUCCAGAAGAAUUCCAAAAACGCUUGGAUGAAGAAGAGGAGGAGACCUUUAUGGGCUUACCAGACCUUCUUGCACCGAUUCGCUCCCUACUCGCAGUCCAUUGA